AAUAAAUUGCAAAUUUUAAUCAAUUGUGUAGACAGCAGAAGACUAUAGUCGUCUCUCACUCAUUAUUUACAGAAUGUAUUGUACUCUUUUAUAUUUCGAAGAGAGAGAGAGAGAGAAGACGGAGAGAGCUGGAAUCGUUUUUAAUCGGAGAUCAUCCUCGUGUGUGUUUGAGCUAGCUUCUCCUGUUUGACCGGACUCGCGGAUCUGAUUUAGCUCCGGCUCGUCUCUCGGUAGCUACAGAGUGACAGAGAGUUCAUAACAAGGGUUUGUUUAAUGGAAGACGAUGGCUCUCGCGAUGUGGAUGCACAUAGCCCUUAUGAUCGUUUGCUUGCUCUAAAUCCAAGUUCCGUUGAUUCUUCACAUUGUAACUUGGGUUCGGUUUAUCUAGCGAUGAAGACCUCUUCGAAGCUGGAGUGCGUCGAUGAGCGUGGCCAAGAUGCCCUUAUUACCUCCGUAUGCAACAACAUGGAGGAUGAAGAGGAUGAAGAGUUCGAUGAGUUUGAUCCUUACCUCUUCAUCAAGAACCUCCCCAACUUGUCCUCUGUUGUCCCUACUUUCAGACCCCUCUUGCUUCCUAAACAGACCCGAAGCUGCCCUCCCAUCUCCCUAGUCCUUGACCUCGACGAAACUCUUGUGCACUCUAGUCUAGAACCGUGUGGUGACGUGGAUUUCACAUUCCCUGUACAUUUCAAUGAAGAAGAGCAUAAGGUGUAUGUGCGGUGCCGUCCUCACUUGAAAGAGUUUAUGGAGAGAGUGUCUUCUCUCUUUGAGGUCAUUAUAUUUACUGCUAGCCAAAGUAUCUAUGCCGAGCAGCUUCUGAACGUGAUUGACCGUAAGAGGAAGUUCUUUCGCCAUAGAGUGUACCGUGACUCGUGUGUUUUCUUUGACGGUAACUACCUAAAGGAUUUGUCAAUCCUCGGGCGUGAUUUGUCUCGUGUUAUCAUCGUCGAUAACUCCCCACAGGCAUUUGGGUUCCAAGUGGAGAAUGGGGUGCCAAUAGAGAGCUGGUUUGAUGACCCCUCAGAUAAAGAACUCCUACACUUGUUGCCGUUUCUAGAAAGCUUAGUAGGAGCAGAAGAUGUAAGGCCGAUGAUCGCCAAGAAAUUCAAUCUUAAGGAAAAGAUUGAUGCAGCUGUAGCUGCACCUGAGUAUCCUCCUGCUGAGGCAGGAGAUCCUUUCGAAAGGUAAAAGGAUCAUAAGAGGAGAAGACUUGCUCUCUGGGAGGAUGGAUGCUUUGAAAAGCUUAGUGGAAGUUUCUCUUCCUAUUAUUGAGUCUUGAGGGAUCACAAGUUGGAAGAUAUAUAUCUCAAAUGUUGUUUUCUUAUUAGUUUAAAGAACUUGGUAUACAAAGAAUUAGCCUGUAAACAGUUUUAACUGCAGAAUAAUUAUAAUUUUCUCUCAUUUUCUUUUC